AUGGAGGAGGAGGCAACUGUUGGCGUGGGCCCUGCCAGUUUGCCCCAGAACGGUCCACGAUGGCGUGCUGCUCGAGGAAAAAGAGCCGUUGGAGCCACCGGAGAGGCUAGUUGGGCGAGUAGCGUGAUCAAUUUGGUCAAUACGAUUAUCGGCGCCGGCGUACUCGCGAUGCCACUCGCAAUCUCACAUAUGGGAAUAGUUCUGGGAGUCUUGGUGAUUCUGUGGUCUGGAGUGACGGCGGGAUUCGGUCUUUACCUGCAAUCUCGAUGCGCCCAAUAUCUCGAUCGAGGCAGCGCUUCAUUCUUUGCGCUAUCGCAACUCACAUACCCCAAUGCUGCCGUCGUUUUUGACGCUGCUAUUGCGAUCAAAUGUUUUGGCGUUGGUGUGAGCUAUCUGAUCAUCAUUGGCGAUCUCAUGCCGGGAGUCGUUCAAGGCUUCGUGGGAGGCGAACCAGUUUAUGACUUCCUGGUUGACCGUCAUUUCUGGGUUACAGCUUUUAUGUUGAUUGUGAUACCUCUUUCAUACUUGCGUCGACUAGACUCCCUCAAGUACACCAGUAUUGCAGCCUUGGUUUCCAUGGCCUACCUGGUCGUUUUGGUCGUUUACCACUUCGUCAAGGGCGAUACAAUGGCGGAGCGUGGCCCAGUUCGCGUGAUUCACUGGGCUGGUGCCGUUCCGACUCUGAGCAGCCUCCCGGUUAUCGUCUUCGCAUUUACUUGCCAUCAAAAUAUGUUCUCCAUUCUCAAUGAAAUCAAGAAUAAUAGCCACUUCCGUACGACAGCUGUCGUUCUCGCCAGCACUGGUAGCGCUGCUGCAACCUACAUCUUGGUCGCGAUCACGGGCUACCUCUCUUUCGGCAACAAAGUCGGUGGUAACAUCGUUGGCAUGUACCCCCCUGGCGUGGCUGCCACAAUUGGGCGCGCCGCAAUUGUCAUGCUGGUCGUCUUCUCCUACCCCCUCCAAUGCCACCCUUGCAGGGCUUCGGUUGACGCUGUCCUGAAAUGGCGUCCUAAGUCACAGCCCGCCGGCACUGAGGCCUCUCCCCACCGACACCCCCUGCUUGGUCCUCGUGGUAACCGCACACCCGAGCCGAUGAGUGACCUUCGCUUCUCAGUCAUUACCACUACCAUCCUCAUUCUGAGCUACAUCGUUGCCAUGACGGUAUCGUCCCUCGAAGCCGUCCUUGCAUACGUUGGAAGCACCGGCAGUACGAGUAUCAGUUUCAUUCUGCCGGGUCUUUUCUACUACAAGAUCUCUUCUCCCGACUCUCCCACUCAUCGUGGCCUACUGAAGGAGGAUGAUGAAGCGGUUGACGACCUAUCUGAUGACGAUGACGAUGCCGAUGCUGACGGCGAAGGAUCCCUGGCACGCUCAUUAACUGAAAGUGGCCUACUGCUCCGCAACACUCGCCACUGGCGUAAAGCCUUGCUGCGACGCCUAAGCUUGGGCUUGGCGAUGUACGGCGUUGUUGUCAUGGUUGUGUGCCUGAUCACAAACACUUUCUUCAUUGCAUCGCACUGA